GUGGGCUCGAGUUUGAAGCUUUGCGUGGCUUGGUCAUGAUCCAUUCAUGCAUUAUUCUCUCUCACUCUCGCUUUCUCUCUCACACACACCCUAACUUUAUCCUUUCAAGUUUCUCUUCAAUAUUAUCCUACUCAUCUCGCCUCAGUAAGACCAGAGGGAGCUAUAGCUUUUGGAAAGCUGCCUUCAACUUUAGGUAUAUGAGACAGGUUCAUUCAUCACAGCCAAAGAAAGGCCUCCUCCAAUUCCAAGCAUUAGAUAUAUAUCACGCAAAUGCUAAGCUCUUCCAACCCUGCGAAGUUUGCUGUCCUUCCUCCCAUGAACAGUCCUGUGGUGUCUCCUGUGGAUGAGAUCAAUGGAGGCAAGAGGAAAAGAAGGCCUGCAGGGACACCAGAUCCGGACGCGGAGGUGGUGUCGCUGUCGCCGCGGACGCUGCUGGAGGCGGACCGGUACGUGUGCGAGAUCUGCGGGCAGGGGUUCCAGCGGGAGCAGAACCUGCAGAUGCACCGGCGGCGGCACAAGGUGCCGUGGAAGUUGGUGCGGCGGCAGCAGGGAGCGGAUGCGGGGAGGAAUAACAAGCGGGUGUUCGUGUGCCCGGAGGUGAGCUGCCUGCACCACGACCCGCGGCACGCGCUGGGCGACCUCGUCGGCAUCAAGAAACACUUCCGGCGGAAGCACAGCAGCCACCGGCAGUGGGCCUGCGCCCGGUGCGGCAAGGCCUACGCCGUCCACUCCGACUACAAGGCCCACCUCAAGACCUGCGGCACCCGCGGCCACUCCUGCGACUGCGGCCGCGUCUUCUCCAGAGUAGAGAGCUUCAUAGAGCACCAAGAUUCGUGCAACGCCAGCCGAGCAGGAGGACGGCAAACCACUCAAUCCCCACGGCCUCCACUCACCCUCUCCACUACCGACGUCUCCACCACCACCGACGCCAACGCCAACGCCAACGUUAACGCCGGCUCUACUCCAACUGCAGCAGCAGCUCUACCGGCGCCGUCAUUUCUUCCAUUAUUCUUGCCGCCGCCGCCGCCGCUGCCAAUUAUUCCAAACGAGCGCCACCAUCAACACCAUAACUAUCUCGAGCUCCAAUUGCUGCCCACCACGUCCUACAGUCUCCUCCACAGAACCGCACCUCGCGCUCCCUUCUCUCCUGAUCAGGAAGCGGCGACGCCGACGGAGCUCCAACUGUCGAUCGGGCCGCCGGGAGUAGUUACCGACGCGGCGCGGGCGCCAGCGAGGGAUGAUAAGGAAGAGGUGGAGAUGGCGGAGAAGGAGUUCGCCGACGCGAAGAGGAUCCGGCAGCAGGCGCGGGCGAAGCUGGAGAACGCCUACGUGCUGAGGGAGCACGCCAAGAAGCGGAUCGCGUCGAUGCUUCUCCAAAUCACUUGCCAUUCUUGCAGGAAGCAGUGGCCGUCCAAGUCGUCGCCGUCGACGAGCUCCGAUCAUAACCCUAAUUGACAUUAACGUGAAGGAUUGAAAUCCAAAGUCCUGUUCCUUUUACAAACCAACUGAGAACGGUCAGUGUUGAUUGCAAUAAUUCUUGGUGUGAUUAUUGUGUAUUUAUCUUUAUUAAUCUGAUGGUGUUUUCAUAUGAAA